AUGAAGCAAAACAUCAAGAAACUCGAGAUGACAAGAUGGCAAUCCAAGGGUUCACCCAAAAAAAUUGUCCAAAUGAUGAAGAAUGAAAAGUUAUUUGAGUCUCAAGGUGGCCCUAUCAUCCUCUCCCUGAUACAGCCUUUGGGAGUUUACAAUUUCGAUCCAAGAAUUGCUAUAAUAUGUAAAUUUAUAUUUGUGAAGAUUGAGAAUGAGUAUGGGCCAAAAAGCAAGGCAUACGGUGUAGCUGGUUAUGUCUACAUGACUUGGGCUGGAAAAAUGGCUACUGAAUUGGAUACUGAGGUCCCAUGGCUUAUGUGCAAGGAGGACAAUGCCCCAAAUCCUGUGGGAAUUACACAAGUAAUGGUUUCCUUAAAGUGGCUUGCAAUGGGGGCUUGAAUCAGAUGCGUGCUGCAGUUUGUAUGUUAUUUUUGCUCUCUUUUGUGAGGUUUUCUUAUAUUUACAUUGACGUACCCUGUUUGGCAUUUCAGAUUUGUUACAUGGUCAUAGUUUCUCAGCCUUUAAAUCUUACUUUGGUUGUUCCAGACCUGGAUAAGAGAUCCUUCUGGGCUAAUCCUAGGUAUAAUUAUUGUUAAAUAGUGACUUUCUCUCGGCCUUUAUUCACUUAUUCACUUUCUCUCGGUGCUGAGCAUAUUUUGCAUUGAAUGUUACUGGGAAUAUUUGGAUUGCAGUGCUUGAUAAUCAUAAUAUCAUAUUGAAAAUGUUGAUUUAGAAGUUUCUAAUUGUAUGCUAUCAAAUGUUGGCCGCUCUUUUUAGGAAUUUGUCAACACAGAGCUGUAUGCACGUGUAUCUGUUGCUGUACUGUAACUUUGUAAUUAA